UGGUGGGCGGUUUGAGGAAGAUAGCAUCACUUUACGCAAGAGCGACCAGUAGAGGGUCUGACGCAGCUGAAGGGUCCAACGUAGCUGAUGAGUCCGGGAGGGGUCGAGGGAAGGGUGGAGGCAAGACAAGGCACCGUCACAUGUACCUUCAUCGUCGUCUGAGUCUGAGGAGGUACCUUCCGCGCACGCAUCCUCUGAUGAGGAGCAGGUACAGGUGGAGGAGGUGGCAGGGGGUUCUGGUUCCUCUAGUUCGAUGCGUGUCUGGUUGCGAGGUCCCUCGACCCUCCCGAGGCGACUGAUACAUCCUGAGAGACGUCCGCUGAUUCGACCCUCUGGGUCCAAGGGUUGGACGAAGGUCGGUGCAAGGAUGCCAUGUCAACGCAAUCCUUGGUCUUCUGGUCAGGCAACUAUUCCCUAGCCUGGUGGAGUUCGGCGGAAUUGUCGAGCCGGCCUUCAUGUGGGACCACUACGCCGCCACCCCUGACGUCCCUGAUCGGGAUGGCAGGGUAUUCGCCAACAAGGCGCAGCAGGUUAAGGCCGAGCUGUGGGACUUCUUUAGAUGCCAGGAGGGAUACGAGGCCAGGGAGAAUGCUGUGGCUGACAAAGCCGCCAAGAAACUCAUCAAGGACAUGCACUACGAGGUACGCGUCCAGGUCAUCGUCACAUACCACAUGGGCAUCCUUCGAGUGAAGAUCUCUAAAACUGAGACAAGAACCAUGAAGCUAACCCGGAAAGAAUACUUGAAAGUAAAUAUAGAACAUUAA